ACUAUACUACAGCUAAAAUUUAGGAACGACAGGAGAAUGUCCACCAGACCUUAAUCUGUUGUUCUUUAAUAUUAUUUGUCAGCACUGUCUUUUAUUUAUUGAUCACAGAGUAGGAGAAAGAAAUUAUGAGUGAACUUACGCCAGAAGAGAUCCGUAGACGUCGUUUAGCUCGACUAGCUAGCGGAGGAGCUGUAGGAAAAUUGGCAAAUAAUUCAUCACCUUCUCCAGCAGUACCAUUAUCACAGACUCAAGGUCAUGGGGAGGUGCAAGAUGGUGUGGCAGCACAGAUGGGAGCCUGUGGCACCUCCUCUACACAAGCUUCUUCUAGCCGCCUCAACACAGAAGCAAAUUAUUUGCAUGUAGGUGGCAGUGUUGGUGCCUGUGCUGACAUUCCAGUGAGUUCAGAAUCUCAAAAAAGUGUUGACAUGGAAACUGACUGUGAUAAAGGCCAGUCCCAGAUGGAUGUGGACUCGGGUAUAGAGACAAUGGAGGUGGAAGAGUAUGAUGCAAGACCAGACAAACGCAAGAGGGAUCCAAGUUUCAGUUCUGAAGCAUCAGAUGAACAAAUAAAGACAGCCCUAUGCCGCAUUUUUCUUGUCAGCUGGCAGAAAGAAAGGGAGGAUAUUAUGUAUGUUCCAGAACUUGCUGAGGCAGCAGAGCAGACAGAAGGAGGCUACCAUGACUUGAUCAACCAGAUGGUCAUGGAGGUGACUCUAGGAAUCCUUGACGGACGGUUCAAUCCCAGUGCUGCUUUGAAACCAGUGGUAGUCACGUGCAGCAGUAGUCCACACAGUGUAAGUGCAAUCAGUGAAGCUGCCCCAAAACGGGAGUUUUCUGAAAAAUUCCGACCACAACCCUGUGAGGAGCUAGACGUUCUUAAUUAUUUAUUUGACUGCUAUGAACGCAUUUCAAUAGAGGAGCGAACAGCACCUAAGCGUUCUAGUAUACCACCUAUGAGUGAUGCUUUAGCAGAGGCAAGAAGCCAGUGUGUGUUAAGCACUGCCCUUGUAUUGAGAGGAGCAUUUAGUCAAGACAAAACUUGCAGUGAUGUAUCAUUACUGCUUCCAUUUCUUCUCUCACACAAUCUGCCACGAGUGUUUCUUCCUGAGCUUGUACAGAAACUGAAGAAUGACAAGACAGCAUUCGCAGAGGUUUUUGGGCCAGUUCUCCAGGGUUUGAAUCAUAUGAUAGCUUCCUUAUCCCUGGACAGUGAUACAUUUCGAGAACCUCUGUCUGUCCUGGUGGAGCUGUGUGAAAUAAAGAGUGAUGCCAGAAACUGUCGACCAAUAUGUAGCUUGAUGGUGCAACAAAAGAACUGGAUCCCUGAGGCAAUGAGUAAUGCAUCAGGGAUGGAGAUGGAAAAGCUGUCAUUGCUUGGACCUUUUCUUGGCCUCUCUGUGUUCGCUGAAGAUAAUGUCAAAGUUGUGGAGAAAUAUUUCUCUGGUCACCAGUUAACAGCCGAUAACCUCAGGAUUGUCAACCAGUCCUUGCAGCACAGCCUGGAAUUUGUCAGGCAAGAGUGCUACAAGGUCAUCCACAGUUUGUUGGUGCACACAGACACAAGGGACACCACCCUUGACUUUUUGACACAAUUACUUGUGCGCAAUAUGAAGCGAGCACAGAUACAGGUGGAUGAACGAGUUGUUUCAGGAGACGGACUAAUGCUCAAUCUGAUGUCAAUUAUGGAACUGUUGUCCAUCAGGAUUCUUCUUGAUAAGGUUGAUCCUUAUUACCCAUUCCACCCCAAAGCUCGCAUCUCCAUCAGGUCGGAGGCCAGGUUCAGUUGCACCUCACAAGAGGCAGAGAUGUGGGUAGAGGGCAUUCGAAAGAGAGGAGACCACAAAUGGCAGGAGCCAAAUUUCUCCACAGACUGCUUUUACCUCACUCUUCACUGCCAUCACCUAUCUAUUAUACCUAUCAUGAGAAAAUACCAGCGCCGUCUGCGAGCCAUCCGUGAUCUAAACCGCAUGAUUGAUGAAAUGGAGGGAAACCACCCACAAUGGAAAUCUCAAGUGCAGAGGCUGCAAAAGAGUAAACUUUGUGCUGAUGCUGGAGUGCUGGAUCAAACCAUGCUGGUGCGAGUUCUGAGGUUCUACACACAGGCAUCACAGUUCUUACUUCGGGCUGCAGAUCCUAAAAUGCAGGGGGCUGAACUACCAUUGCCACCUGAUGUUCCCAUGGAGUUUGCUGCACUCCCAGAAUUUUAUCUUGAAGAUAUUGCUGAUUAUCUUCUCUUCGUUCUUCAAUUUAGUCCCGAAGUUCUGGUGGCAGACCCUGGCAUGGGUGAUGUCCUUCAGUUACUGAUUGUUAUGAUCUGCUCCCAGAACUACAUCCGCAACCCUUACCUUGUGGCCAAACUGGUGGAGGUUAUCUUUGUCAUGCAGCCUGUUGUGCAGCCUAAAGCUGGGAAAAUCAACCAGGCCUUUCUGAUGCACGAGCUAGCCCUGACCUUUCUAACCCCUUCACUAAUGCAGUUUUAUGUUGAUGUAGAGAGUACAGGAGCCAGCAGCGAAUUCUAUGACAAGUUUACAAUUCGCUAUCACCUGGCAAUCAUUUUCAAAUCCAUGUGGGCCAUCCGUGCCCACAAGACCAAGUUCAUUCAGGAGGCAAGGUUAAUGGGAAAACAGUUUGUGCGCUUUAUCAACAUGCUUAUGAAUGAUACCACCUUCCUCCUGGAUGAGAGCUUGGAUAGCCUUAAGAGAAUACAUGAGACACAAGAGCUGAUGGACAAUCAGGCACAGUGGAACACUCUCACUCGUGAUCAACAGCAGCAAAAGAUUCGACAACUCUCUAUGGAUGAGCGGCAGUGCCGAUCAUACCUUACUUUGGCCACAGAAACAGUGGAGAUGUUCCAUUAUUUGACAGAGGAGAUCAAAGAUCCUUUCCUGGAAGAAUCUCUGGUGGAGAGACUGGCAGCCAUGCUGGACUUCAACCUUCAGCAGCUGUGUGGCCGCAAGUGCAAGGACCUGAAAGUCAAGAAUCCUAUCAAGUAUGGCUGGGAGCCUAAAAAACUUCUGAGCACCCUUGUAGACAUAUACCUUCACCUUGACAGUGAGACUUUUGCCUGUGCCAUAGCUCAGGAUGAGAGAUCUUUCAGCAAAGAGCUGUUUGAUGAUGCCAUCGCAUGCAUGACCAAAGCAAAUAUCAAGUCAGACACAAAGAUAAAAGAAUUCCAAGCCCUUCAGAUAAAAGUUCAGAAGAUUGUUGUACAGAGAGCUGGAAUGGAAGAAGACCUGGGUGAUAUACCUGAUGACUUCAAAGACCCUUUGAUGGACACACUGAUGAAGGACCCAGUGAAGUUGCCAUGUGGCACUGUUAUGGACAGAGCCAUCAUUAUGCGACAUCUGCUCAAUUCACAGACAGACCCCUUCAACAGACAACCCCUCACAGAAGACCAGCUCGUGUCAGACACAGAACUAAAGCAGAAGAUCGAGGCAUGGAAGAAGGAAAGAGGGCGAAAAAAAUAAUGGAAGAACUUCCACAUCUGAGGAGGAUUCUGCUUACAUGUGUGUGUAUGGAUGUGCAUGUGUACAUGGGUGGAUGCAUUCCUAAAGGUUUGGUUGUACCUGGCUCAAGGUGAUGCAAACAUGGAUCUCAAAACCAAGAUGCACAAGGUCUCAGUUUCCUUUGCAUGACCUGCGGAUGAUGAGGUCUUGAAAUUUUUAAUUGCUUCCUUUUCCUUAACUUGAUGCCAGCAGCUUAUGCUUUUCAUGCUACUAGGAUAUUCUGUUCAAGUAGCUUUUAGACUGAGUCCUUCCAUACCUCAUACCCACCGCUCCACACCUCCUCCUACCCCUACCACAAGAAAAGAAUCGAAUUAUAUGAACUAAUGCAUUUGAUGUUUGAGCCUUUGGGCGGACUGUGUACGUUCCUGUGAUUUGUAUCAUAAUUUUCAGAGAACAAUAGACUGACAAAUGUGGCAUUUGCAAAUAAAGGAUGACGGUCAGUUGUUAUCUGGGCACUUUCAGAGAUCACUUUGUUUUCCAGCAUGAUAAAAAAGCAAAAAGUAAAUAUAAGCAUAGAGCUAGGGAAAAACUGAAAUAGAUUGAGAAAUUUUGUGUCAGGAUGACUUUGCACAAUUGUUCUAGUGCAACAGAUCUGUUGCUUUACUGCCAUUGUCCCCUUUUUCACAAGCACUCAAUUUUAUUAACGGUGUAAUAGAUCGAAUGAAUCCAGGUAUGCACAUAUAAUGUGAAGAGAUGUAUGCCUGUCUGCGCUUCCAGGUGUGUGCAGGUUGUAACACUUGCAGCACAUGACAUUCUGUGGUACAUCUAGUGCACAGGGUUUUUCACAUUUGCUUGUGCAGGGUUUGGUGUUUAAUCUUAGACCUACUUGUAUAGGCAUUAGUCUCAGUAGAUCAUCAAGUGUGGUUUUUUUUUGGUUUUUUUUUUUGUCUGGAUGAGAAUGUGCAUGACUAGAAAUUAUGUAUAUCUACUGUUUAUGGUAUAAAGGAAAAGGGGUUUCAGGGAGGACUUGUCACAGUUUUGCUAGAGUUGUGAUGGCACAAAUUGUAAGGAAUUUGUGGUUCUUUAUCUGGAAAUCAUCUCUUGCUCUCAUUAUACCUUACCUCUUCUCCUUUAUCACCAUCUACUUGUGCUUGCAUGUAAACUUGGGCUAUGUGCCAUAGAAACAGGCUUGUAUUAUCUUUGUUGAUAUGGGGAGUUCUUUGCAUUAUUGGUGACAGAUGCAUAUGCGUUCAGCUUCAUUAACUCUAAAUUGUGUGCGUACAUGCAUGCACACAUAUACAAAUAAACAUGAUUCAUUUUUACAUUUCUUGAUACCAUUGAUUUUAUGUCAUGGGCAUCAAAUUGUUGGCAGACAUCUUCUGACAAAACACUAAAUGGGCUGCUCAGUCUGCUUGCAUUAUUACACUUUUUUUUUUUUUUUUUGGUGAGGGUGGGGUGUUAAAAUUACUGCUGGAGCCAGCAUAUGACUAAGUGGCAGUGUAACUGAUGUCUAAGACCAUAGACAGGAAUAAAUACUGCUCGGUUUAAUGUGGUGCAGUGUACUUCCCUGAGCUAAAUCAGCUGUUGAAUGGGUACCUGACCAGUCCGAGGGCUUGUGAAGGUUAGACAGCAGGCUGUGAAGCCCUGAAAGCACACAAAAAUGUUGGCCCAGAGAAAAGUGUGGUUUCCAACACCCCACUUUUCAAUAAUUGAAAGGUUAAGGAACUUGUUUUGAAAUCGUGGAAAUAUUUGUUUCUCUGUGGUAAAAUGAUUUGAUUAUUAGGUUUGAAACUAACCACACCAUGUUAAGAACUAGGACCUUGUUUGGCAAAAUUUUUGAACUAUUUAGGUGGAUUUUAAUUCUUUUCUUAAAUAAAGGUCUUCUUUGUAUCAUA